AUGAAGAAAAUAAACGGAGAUGGGCGUUUCUGGCAGGUCAACUUAACACUAACCAGUGAUAACGAUCCACAAUUACAUGAACUGGCUGAGUGCAUACGAGAAGAGACAUUUCCCGAUCAAGAAGGUUGGUAUCGAUUAGGUGCAGUGCUCUUUAAAUUAGGCCAAUUUAACAAAGCCCAAGAAUUAUAUAGUAUACUAAUUGAACAGACUAAUAGUGAAGGUGAAAAAGGUCAGUUAUAUCAUAUGCUUGGAAUUGUCAAGAAUGGACAAGGGAAAUACAUAGAAGCAAUUGCAUUACUUGAAAAGUCACUUGAUAUCUUUCAAAAAACUCGUCCUGAAAAUCAUUCUGAUCUUGCUAUUUCUUACGUCUCUCAUGGUCUCAUCUAUGACAACAUGAGCGAGUAUCCCAAAGCACUUUCUUAUUAUAAAAAAGCUCUUGAAAUCUGGCAAAAAACCCUUCCUUCAAAUCAUUCUGAUUUGGCUAAGUGUUAUAACAACAUCGGCAGGCUGCGUUACACUAUGGGAAACUAUCCAAAAGCACUCUCAUAUUAUGAAAAAGCCCUUGACAUCUGGCAAAAAACUCUUCCGUCAAAUCAUCCCGACUUAUCUACUUCUUAUAACAACAUCGGUUUACUAUAUGACAACAUGGGCGAGUAUUCAAAAGCACUUUCAUAUUAUGAAAAAGUGAUUAAAAUUCAACAAAAAGUUCUUCCUCCAUAUCAUCCUGCUUUAGCUACUUCUUAUAACAACAUCGGUAUUGUAUAUUACGAGAUGGGCAAUUAUUCGAAAGCAGUUUCAUACUAUGAAAAAGCACUUGAUGUUCGACAAAAAAUUCUUUCUCCAGAUCACGUCAGUUUCGCUAUUUCGUACAACAACAUUGGUAUUGUGUAUGGGGACAUGGGAGAGUACUCGAAAGCACUUUCAUAUUAUGAAAAAACACUUGAAUUUCAACAGAAAACUCUUUCUCCAAAUCAUCCUGAUUUGGCUACUUCUUACAGCAAUAUUGGUUCAAUGUAUGACAAGAUGGGGAACUAUUCGAAAGCACUUUCAUAUUAUGAAAAAGCACUUAAUAUUCGACAAAAAACUUUUCCUUCAAAUCACCCUAGUUUAGCUGUUUCAUACGCCUGUCACGGUUUCGUAUAUUACAGGAUAGGCAAAUACUCAGAAGCACUUUCAUUUUAUGAAAAAACACUUGAAAUUCAAGAAAAAAGUCUUCCUUCAAAUCAUUCUGAUUUGGCUACUUCUUAUAACAACAUUGGUUUAGUAUAUUACAAGAUGGGUGACUACUCGAAAGCACUUUCAUGCUAUGAAAAAGCACUUAAUAUUCGACAGAAAACUCUUCCUUCAAAUCAUCCUGAUUUUGCUCAAUCCUAUAACAAUAUCGCUGCGGUUUAUAACAAUAUAGGGGAAAACUCAAAAGCACUUUUGUAUUAUGAAAAAGCACUUGAAAUUCGAGAAAAAACUUUUCCUCCAAAUCAUCCUGAUUUGGCUACUUCUUAUAACAACGCUGGUUUAGUGUAUUACGAUAUGAAUGACUGCUCGAAAGCACUUUCAUGUUAUGAAAAAGCGCUUAAAAUCGUUGAAAAAACUCUUCCCCUAAAUCAUCCUGAUUUGGCCACUUUUUACAACAAUAUCGGUUUGGUAUAUAUUCAAUUGGGCGAGUACUCAAAGUCACUUUCAUAUUACAAAAAAGCAGUUGAAAUUCGCGAAAAAGCUCUUCCUUUAAAUCAUCCUGAUUUGGCUACUUCUUAUAACAACAUCGGUUUGGUAUACGAAAAUAUGCAGGAGUAUUCGAUAGCACUUUUGUCUCAAGAGAAAGCACUUGAAAUCUUUAAAAAAACUCUUCCCCCAAAUCAUCCUGAUUUGGCUUCUCUUUACAACAAUAUCGGUAAUUUGUAUUACAAGACUGCCGAAUACUCAAAAGCUUUUUCGUUUUUUGAACGCGCUUUAGAUAUUGGAAAACGUUCACUACCCUCAAAUCAUCCUAAUCUGCAAAGUUUUCGAAAAAAUCUUGAAACUGUACAAAGGAAAUUGUAA